AUGACCGACCGGAAUGCCGCUACCAUGGGCAAGAGCGCUAAGCAGGAGCCUGUCAAAGGCGACGAUGGCAAGGCUGUGAAUCGCGACAAGAGCUCGAAUGCCACUGCUUCUGGCAAUCAUAAGGCCCCUACGAAAAAGAGACGCAAAGUCAACCACGAUGUGGUGUUGCGCAUGUGCUCACGGGGGUUUGCGCUGGGGUUCCAAGCCGUCGACUCUUCAACUCCAAUUCCGGGGGCAUGGUUGAACAUGGCGCAUGAAUCUAUCUAUCGUAACAAGAAGAGCAUUGGGCUGACAUCGCUGCGGCGCUUCAUUAUAGCUUGCGUAUAUUGUCGACGAUCUGAGAGACCAUGUACCAGAUGCAUUAAACGGAAUAUUGGACAUCUCUGUCACGAUGAGCCUCGCGAUGCCGAUUCCAAGAAAGCAAAGAGUGUCCAGAGCACCCAGAGCAUACAGGCGCCCUCUGUAGUUGAUGAAUCGGAUGCACAGUCCGAUAUGGCUCGUAGCUCGAUUUCUAGUACCAUGGGCCCACCUCCCCCAACGUUCGACACGACGAGGCAGCGAGGUUCCAAAUCUUUUGGGGGAGUGCUCGGUCAAGGAAGCCCACUGUCCAUUGUGCAACCCGGCCAGGUCUCGGGCUUGCAGGGCAAUGCGUUGAACAACGGCAACAGUAACGCGAAUCAAUUUGCGGGUUUCCAAGAUGCGUGGAUGACAGCUCAGAACCAUUUUCAUGAUAUGAACAGCUAUCACCCCAAUUACAUGAUUGCCUCAGAAGUCACUCACGAGUUCAAUCUUCUCAACGAUUUCCUCCAUACGAGUCUGCUCGAUGACGGUAGUGUACCUCCAGAGGAACAACAGAGCCCGGCAUUCAAGCGGUCGAGCCAGAGCCAGUCGGAGAUGCUACCCAUGUUUGGUAAUAAUAACACAAACACCUCUAUGGGAGUCGGUGGUUCAAACACCAUGUCAAACAUGACAGAGGGAUCAAUGCUGCCACCCCCUCCGAAUGUUGAGGGCAAGAACAUUCCACGACCGGGAAGCGUUGUGCCCGCCGACAAGGCUCGCGAAUACUAUCUACAAGCUGCCGACCCAUCAGGCAACGACACGCCAGAGGAGCGAAUGGCGCGUGUGCUAAAGGCCAAGUACGACGCUGGACUCUUAAAGCCGUUCAAUUACAUCAACGGUUAUUCUCGCUUGGGUGCAUAUCUCAAUUCACACAUCACAACAGCGUCAAGGGAAAAGAUUCUGAGGACCAUCGCCCGGUUCCGGCCCGCUUUUCGAGAAAAGGCACAUGCUUUGACGGAUAUAGAACUUGUGUACGUUGAGAUGUGGUUUGAGAAGCAGCUCAUGGACUAUGACCGGGUGUUUGCAAGCAUGGCAGUGCCCGCGUGCUGCUGGCGAAGAACCGGUGAAAUCUUCAGGGGCAACAAGGAGAUGGCCGAAUUGAUUGGCGUGUCAGUAGCUCAGCUUAGAGAUGGCAAAAUCGCGUUGCACGAAAUCCUCACAGAAGAAUCAAUGGUGCGAUACUGGGAAGAGUUUGGCACGAUUGCCUUCGAUCCAGCACACGAGACCCUCUUGACGGCCUGCUCCCUGAAGAACCCAACCCCUGGGUCAACGCAUCCAGUUGUGAAAUGUUGUUUCUCGUUCAUGAUCAGAAGAGACGAGCACAAACUUAUCGGCACAGAAUUCGCCACAGAUCUCCUUUCCAAGUUGCCCACCUCAUGUGACUCGAGCUCAACCGAUGUUCUCCUUUCCGAUCUGAACCAUCACAUAGCCACAGCCAAUGUUCUUGCGGAGAACCGCAUUGCUCCUCCGUUAGAAGUCUCCAGGAAUCUCAAGGAUAUCGGGAGGAAGCUAUGGAACGAAUGUAUCAAAGAAAGGAGAAAGAGGGCCAACCUCCUACAGUCGGCUUCUAGAACUCAACUGCUGGUUCGCACUCGGGUCCUGGCCUUCCUCGCCCAUGCUCUCGCACGGGAGCAUCGACGUGGUAAAAGGAGGGAUAAUCUGGAAGAAAUUAUAUACAUGAUGGGCUUGUCACUCACAUUAGCGCGAGUGUGUGUCGAAUCAUCGGACCUGGACGGAGCGCUUCUAAGUAUGGCCAAAGCCGCGGAUUACAUCGGCCAACUCAAGAAUAUCAACAAUUUGACUACUGAAGAUAGGGCUCAGGUGCAAAAGAUUGAGGCUGAAUACUUGACCAUGCGAUGUGCUUUGUCGUGGAAACAGGGCCGUCUCGACGUUGCGGAGCACAUGUACGCCAAAGCAGAUGUCCUCUUACACAAUCUCGAUCCAAUUUCUGCUGAACAUUUGGCUGACACGUUUCACGGAAUCGGAGGCGACCUCUUGUCCAAGGGCGAUAAUGAAAUGGCUUUGAAGUGGCUCCGACGAGCACUUGACCUCAUAAAUGACCAAGCGCUAGAAAGGCUUUCAACAGAAGGGUUGGAACUUCGAAUAUCCAUCUACCACGAACUCAUACAGGCAUUUCUCGCCACAGGAUCGCAAGAUGGACUACAAGAAGCUGAGAAUCUAGUGUCGCAUGUUGAAUCAGAGAUCGGGGACAAGCCAGUGGUUUUACAUUGGAGACUCGAGAUUCUUCAACGAUCUCCAAGCGAAGUCUUCAACGCCGAUGCAUGCGCGAGUAUACUGCGCCGUAUGAUACGUUCGCUCGAUCUUUCGGACGCUGGGCUCGGCUUUCUUCUGCAUGGUAUCAGCGAACUGCGAAUCAGAGGUCCACGUUUGGCGAUAGGCCUCAUGGAUGAGUUAUUGCUCAGGAAGCUUAUGCCUUCUUGUAACAUGGACUGGAUAGGCAAGGCCAUUGUCCGGCGAGUUUGGAUGGGCACGAUGGAAGCAGACGCGUCUGUGAGCGUAGCAGAUUUAACCCAGACCCUGGAUCAGCUCGUUCAAGAAGCUGGUCAGUGUGAUGUUGAGGCCUCGACUGCUGCACUUUCUCUCAUUUGGAAGAAGCUCGAUACUAGUUAUUCCAAGAAACAGUACAAAGAAUCCCAGCUUUGGUGCCAGCUUGCGCUCCACUCUAUCUUUGCGAAUAGUGGCGAGGCAUGCCAGGGCAAGUUCAGCAGAAGGCUAGUGCUGUGCGCUACUUCUUGUAGUGAUGCAGAGACUGCAUUUUCUGCAUUUCACUCAAUGCCUAAAAGUACCCAGGAUGAGCCGCUGACUAGAUACCUCAUGUUCAGGGUUUCUCUUCUGAACUGGGACCAUGACUUGGGUCGUCAAUGUGUCGAAUUCCUGGGCAAAUUUGCCGAGAAAUCUCAGUGUCGAGAUAUACUAUACGCAUGUAUAAGAGAUGCACAGCACGUCGGCGAUAAGCUGAUGACCUUGGAAGCUUUAAAGGCGGUUGCUGAAACCUUUGAUGAUGAAGGCUCUUUGACUAUCAAUCUGCCAUCGAUUCUGAGGUGUACCAUCAGGCUUAUACACUCGCUUGAGUCGCAAGGGGGUAGCGAAGGAGACGCAAGUCCUGAACUUGCAGAAGAAACUUGCCGGAUUUUCGAAAGGGCUUGUGAGCACGCCAAAUUGGAUCCAAGGGAUGAGCAAGGUUGCAAAGUCUUCACAGGGCUGUGGCAUCUGAUCCGUAUUUUCCGUGUGUGUCUCGCAUUUGUGGAUUGUUACCCAUCCGAUCUUCCUUCGGAGGAUGAUACUGAUCUACGACUUAUGUCCGUCCGUUGCCACUUUGUCAUCGCCGCGGCACUUGUCUCCCAGGCUCGUACCGAGGACAAGGUUGAUGAACAGCUGCAGCAGUACCUUGAAACGAGGCGGCACAUUUCAGAAUUCGACACCCUUUUUGACACUCAUUUCCGAAACGAUCCCAAGUCUCAGAUCUAUCCCGACCUCCUAGCCAAGCUAUCAACGCUUUUUGUCUUUGACUUCGAGAGUGCCGUGUGCUUAAAGAGUUGGGACGAUCUUAGUCAGAUUAUCAGGAAGGCCCAAAUUUGCCAAAAUGAGACUAUGUAUAAGGCAAUGGGAGACUGCUUGUUAAGGAGUGAAGCUUCAGGAAAUGUCGUGUAUGGAACCAUGCGGCUUAUAAUCAAUGAGAUAUUCUCACUGGAGCAAUUUGACAACCAGCAACUCGCAAAGUACAUGCGUUGCAUGUUCCAAGCUAUUCUACCCCUGGACGACAACCUUGCCUUCCAGGUUGUGGAACAAGCAGUCCAGAUAGCACGCGAAGGAAGCCAAGUGCAGAAGCCUUUUCCUGCAGAGGACUUGGACUGGAUCAUCGCAACAACAUUCAAUCAUGCGAUUGAUAUCUUGGCAAGAGGUGAUGAGGAUCUAUGUCAGCAAUGGGCUAUGAAGGCCCUUGACCUGACCAAGUACAUGGAUGAUAAUGGCGAUAUGCGAGAUAUGCUGCAGGAGAGAGUUGUCAAGCUGGGCUUGAGCAAAGGGGCACCCAGCUGA